GGCGGGGCGGAGGCGCGGGGCCGGGCCUAUGGGGAGGGCGGCCGCUCUGUGCAGCGGCGGCACCCGCGGGCUGGUCUCCGUCCUCGGCGCCGUCCCCUGCCUGGCCUGCGAGAACCCGCCGGGCCCCGGCCGCCCCGCCGCGCCGGCCAUGAGCGCGGGCGGCGAGCCGGGCAGGGGCGGCGGGGCCGGGCUGGGGGCCCCGGCCGCCCCCGCCGCGCCCGGCCCCGACACCUACAAGGGCUGGCUCUUCAAAUGGACCAACUACCUGAAGGGCUACCAGCGCCGCUGGUUCGUGCUCAGCAACGGGCUGCUCAGCUACUACAGGACACAGGCUGAAAUGGCUCACACCUGCCGCGGAACCAUCAACUUGUCAACAGCGCACAUUGAUACAGAGGACUCCUGUAACAUCGUACUCUCCAAUGGGGGAAGGACAUACCAUCUAAAGGCAAGCUCCGAAGUGGAGAGGCAACGAUGGGUCACUGCUUUGGAGCUGGCCAAAGCAAAAGCUAUCCGUAUGAGGAACAACCAGUCAGAUGACUCUGGUGAUGAGGAACCAACCUCGCAGUCUGACAAGAGUGAGCUGCACAGCACUCUGAAAAGCCUCGCCAGUAAGCUGGAGGAUCUAAGCACGUGCAAUGACCUUAUUGCCAAGCACGGGGCGGCUCUCCAGAGGUCCCUGAGUGAGCUGGAGAACCUGAAGCUGCCUGCCGAGAGCGGGGAGAAGAUCAAAGCCGUCAAUGAGCGAGCCACCCUCUUCCGGAUCACCUCCAAUGCUAUGAUCAAUGCUUGCCGCGACUUCCUGGAGUUAGCCGAGAGCCACAGUCGGAAAUGGCAGCGGGCUCUACAGUAUGAGCGGGAGCAGAGGAUCUGCCUGGAGGAGACAAUUGAGCAGCUAGCCAAACAACACAACAGCUUGGAACGGGCCUGCCGGGGAGCCCCCGGCCUGUCCUCGAGCGCCACCGCAGUCAGCAGCACUUCCAAGGGGAGUGUGCCGCCUGCCAAAGGGGAAGCCAGUGAUGAAGAUGAGGAGACAGAGUAUUUUGAUGCCAUGGAGGAUGCACCAGCUUUUAUCACAGUAGCCGCAGACCCCAAACAUCACAGGCGUUCUGGCAGUAACCUGAGCGGGGCCAGCGAGGGGCACCCUGAGGACUGGAACCUGGAGGACAAUGUCUUUGAGAGCGCAAAUAAAACUGGCUACAAUGAAUCAACGGGCAAAGACGUCCUGCCGAAGAAGAGGAGACGAACGCGCAUCCCAGACAAACCCAACUACAGCCUUAACCUCUGGAGCAUAAUGAAAAACUGCAUUGGCAAAGAACUGUCCAAGAUCCCUAUGCCUGUAAACUUCAAUGAGCCACUUUCCAUGCUGCAGAGGCUGACCGAGGACCUGGAAUACCACGAGCUGCUGGACAAAGCCGUGAAGUGCGAGAGCUCCACCGAGCAGAUGUGUUUCGUUGCUGCAUUUUCAGUGUCUUCCUACUCAACGACUGUGCACCGCACUGCAAAGCCGUUCAACCCCCUGCUGGGGGAGACGUACGAACUCGACCGGCUAGAUGAGCUUGGCUUCCGAUCGCUCUGCGAGCAGGUGAGCCAUCACCCACCAGCUGCGGCCCAUCAUGUGUAUUCCAAGCAAGGCUGGACGCUGUGGCAGGAAAUUACAAUUGCCAGCAAGUUCAGGGGCAAAUACCUCUCUAUCAUGCCACUGGGUGCCAUCCAUCUAGAAUUUCACUCCAGCGGGAACCACUAUGUCUGGAGGAAGGUCACCUCCACCGUUCACAACAUCAUUGUGGGCAAGCUCUGGAUCGACCAGUCUGGUGACAUAGAGAUUGUUAACCACAAGUCAAAAGAUAAAUGCCAGCUGAAAUUUACUCCCUACAGCUAUUUCUCCAGAGACGUCCCCCGAAAGGUGACGGGCGUGGUAACGGACGCUGAUGGGAAGGCGCAUUACGCCAUGUCUGGCACGUGGGACGAAAAUAUGGAGUGCUCCAAGAUAGUUCAGAGCAGCCAUGGCAGCACCAGCUCGGAGGGCAAGCAAAAAACCGUCUACCAGACGCUGGCCCCAAAGGUCCUGUGGAAGAAAUAUCCUCUCCCGGAGAAUGCCGAGAACAUGUAUUUCUUCUCUGACCUGGCCCUGACCCUUAACGAGCCUGAGGAACGAGUGGCCCCCACAGACAGCAGGCUGAGGCCUGACCAGCGGCUCAUGGAGAAUAGCAAGUGGGAUGAGGCCAACGUGGAGAAGCAGAGGCUGGAGGAGAAGCAAAGGGCCGUCCGUCGCAGGCGGGAGGCAGAAGCCGUGGAGGCCUUGGAGGAAGGCAAAGACUAUGAAGGCUACAUCCCGCUGUGGUUUGAGAGGAAGGUGGAUCCCCUGACAGGGGAGCUGAUCUGUGUUUACAAAGGUGGAUACUGGGAAGCCAAGGAGAAACAGGACUGGGAUCUGUGCCCUGAUAUCUUCUGAGCUGCUCCUCCCAUGCCAGGCUGGCAGGCCACAGGAGAGGAGGAGGAGGAGCACCUGGGACGCAUCGGGCAGCAUCCUGCUGUUUAUGUCACAGCGCACAGAAACACACACAGAGUAAAUAAAUACAGAAAUUUAAAAGAAAAUAAAUCAAAACAGGGAUUCCAAACCUAUUUUUUUAUGCACUAAUAAAAUAGCGUUCAGUGUUUUUUUUAACGGUGACAGUUUUUUAGCUACUAAUUAGGAACAAGGACACAUUGAUUUGGUUCAUUUUUAGCCUAGCGUAUUUAUUGCUGUCCGAAGUUGCUGCCUAUAUUUUUUGAAGCCUCAGCUUUGUUAACUGAGACGUCGACUUCCAAAGAGGCACGCGUUGCGGGGAGACGAUGCACAGCGCUUGGAGCUCUUCCUUCUGACUUUUCCCCCGUUUGCCUAUGGACUUAAUUUUUAAAAAAUCUGCUUGUGGUUCAGGUUCCUUUUUAAAGGCACAAGCAACUCUCAGCUCCCAGUCGUCUCCGAAGCUCUAGGGAGAAGACGACUUUUCUAGAGACGGUAGAUUAGGUGCUUAUUCCUAGGUUCUCCCCAUAGUUCCCAGCAGUGCCCCAUGCUCCCAUAGCUAUGCAUUAGGUUAUUUCUGAAGCUCUUUAGGUGACUUUUGGGGGGAUUGUUUGAGUGGAUUUUUUCUGAUCUGCAAUAUUUAGUUGAUAUUUUUUAGAACCGUCUCUAACAAGAUGCUUUUUUGAUUUUUCCUUUCAACUGUGUCUUACUGGGAAACCGUUCCUUACAGAGAGCAGAAAAGAGGUGAUCUGUCUAGGGAGACUUUUUAAACCUGCCCUCAGUCAGAGUAGAGUCAGUCUUUGUGGACUAGAGCCAAGACCCUUACUCAGCAGUUCAUAGAUACCACCAGUGCUCGUCGGGAUCCAUAGCCCACCCAAGCCCGGCUCCUCGAGGCCCCUUCCCCCUCCAUGUCUCACAGUACUAAUUAAUGUUCCCAGCUCUCUACGCCUUCCUGCAACGCUUUCCAGGCAGGGUUUGGGCUCUGAGCUGCCCUUCGGCCACCAGGCGAAAAGGUUGAGGCAUGGAUGGUGCUGUCAUGUUGCAGUCAGUGUCAGCCCCCUAACGGACAGUCGGAGGUGCAGGGAACAGUGGCGCUCGUUUAGGCAAAGCAGCAGUAAGGUUCGUGGCGAGCUCGGUGUGAGAGCCCGGAAGUGUAGUCGGAGGCUCUCGAACAAGCAGAUGGCUCCCCCUCCCCUUUUCCUUUCCCCCAUUCCCUUGGCUUCCUUCCACUUGCACCCCAUCCUCCUGCUAUCUCCGUGGCGAUCUUUCUCUUGUGCCCACCCCCAAUCUGGUGUCAUCUCCUUAGGCUCUACUCCCCUCCCCCAGCCUGGGCCACUGACUUCAGUGUGCAGGGUGGGUUGGGGAGCAGAGCAUGGGGGGUUCAGCAGAGGAGCGGGAGGAGAGACGUAGUUAUCUGGCAGGAUGCCCCAGCUCCAGCACAGGGACCCUGAGUGAGGCUGGCUCUGUGUUAUGACUGGCUGCCAGUCGCUCUGGCUCAGUCACAUGUGACUCGUGGAUCCCAGUUCCCGCUCCCCUGAUGCACAGAUGGGCCAGAUCCAAGAUCCCCAAACGCAGCUGGAGGGAUGCAGGAUUCCAGCAUGGCCCCCGUGACUAUAAUGGGCCCUGGGCGGUGUCCCACCUCUGGCAGGACUGAGCCUACUUGCUGAGCUCUGUCACAGGUGCACGGGAAAAGCCCAGAGACUUUUGGGCAGAAGGGGCGAGGGCAGCCUGUUCCUGCACUGCAGAGGGUGCUUGGGGCUCGCAUCAGCUGCUGGAAAUGGGGCACAACCUUGUAAUGGCCCAGUAGAAAGCUGAGUGCACUGUGGGCCACUGGCCCCGCUCUGCCCUAGGGCCCUCCCUUGGUUCCCUGCAGGAAGGUGGCAGGCAAUGGUUUGCUUUCAGUGCUGUGUGCAGGCACCAGUCCUGGACUGUCACUGACGGCUCCAGCUCAGCCCGUGCUGCAGGGCUUAUUUAGAUCCAUGCAGUACUGCAGACACUCCCCUCGCCCCCACCGCAGGGCUGGACGAGCAGCAGGCCACCCCAGACCAGGGCCCGUUCCCUAGACCGUUGCUGCUGAGUGGCAGAUAGCAACCCCUCUCCUCCUCACGUCCCU